GAAAUAAAAUAAAAAGAUGGAAAUCGUAUCGACAAAAAAUAAAAAAAUACAAGCCAAUUCUAUCUAUCUAUAUAUCCGACGCAAACAGGAGAGACUCUAAACCCACACACACAUUCUAACCUAGCACACACCUCCCGCCGCCUACAUUUCCGGCGACUAUCCCGAUGAAUAUCCGGCAAUAAUCGAAGCCAAAAAUUUCCAGCUGGAAUGAUCAGAAGAGAUUAACGGCCGAUCAUCGGUGGUCGCAUUCGCCACUCGCUAUGUCACUGUCGUGCUCCGACUGCUUCUCCGACCUUCUCUGCGGCGAGGACUCCAAUAUCAUCUUCGCCGCCGGCGUAGAUGACUUGCCGGAAUAUUUAUCAGACAUCGACUCCGGCCCGCCGGACGUCGAGGAAUCCAUCGCCGGACUUUUAGAAGACGAGAGAGAUCUCGCCGGGAUUAAUUCGCCUCUUUCUCAUCAAUCCAUCGAUGAAUCUACAAGGGCGGAAUCCGUUGCAUGGAUUCUCAAGGUACAACGGUAUUACGGUUUCCAGCCAUUAACGGCGUAUCUCUCCGUCAACUAUUUCGAUCGUUUUCUUUACUCCCAUCAUUUGCCGAAAAUGAACGGGUGGCCGUUGCAACUGUUGUCCGUUGCGUGUAUGUCAUUAGCUGCUAAGAUGGAGGAACCUCUUGUUCCUUCUCUUUUGGAUCUUCAGGUUGAAAGUGCCAAAUUCAUUUUUGAACCGAAAAAUAUCCAAAGAAUGGAGCUUCUGGUGCUAAGAGUUUUGGACUGGAGACUUCGAUCAAUUUCUCCAUUUUGCUAUUUAAGCUUUUUUGCUGUCAAAAUUGACCCGACUGCGACAUAUACCGGCUUCCUUGUAUCAAGGGCAAAAGAAAUUAUCCUCUCAACAAUGCAAGAGAGCAGCUUCCUUGAGUAUCGGCCAUCAUGCGUUGCUGCUGCUGCCAUACUCUGCGCAGCAAACGAUCUACCAAAAUUCUCUUUGAUCAGCGCUCAGCAUGCCGAAUCAUGGAGUGAUGGACUCGACAAAGUAAGAAAAAUUAGAGAAAGAAAGUUGAUCGUACAAAGUGAUUUAAAAAAAAAAAAAAAAACUGAAAAAGUGUUUUUGCAGGAAAGCAUCACGAGAUGCCAGCAAUUGAUUCAAAAACUGGCGGGAAAGAAGAAGGCGAGGAAGCAACCAAAGGUGCUACCGCAGCUGCGGGUGAUGACGACGUCGAGCGACACGUCGUCAUCAGCGUCGUCGUCGUCGUCGUCCACGUCGUCACCGUAUAAAAGGAGGAGAUUGAAUAACAAGGCGUGGGUGGGUGAUGACAAGGGGAGCUCUGAUUAAGUAAAACAAGGAGAAAGAAGAAAACGACUAAAAUAAUAAUAAAGGUGGUCCAAGGUUUGUCUAGAAUUAAAUCCUCAGCUUUUUUUAUUUCCUGGGAGAGAUAUAUAUAAUGUAGAUAAUUAAGCAGUAGGUAUAAUGUAUGUAUGUAUGUAUGUACAAGAGAGAUUUCAUUGUGACCCAUUUGCUUUAGUGGGAAUUGCUACAUCUCGCAGAUUCCCAAGGGGGAAGGGGGUUUGGUACAUAGUAGUAAUAUAAUUUUGUGUGAGAAGAAAAAUAAUAUACUAGUGGGAGUGGAGUGAUGGCGUGUGGAAAGAGAAGUGAACGAGGGGAUGUGAGUUUGGUGGGACCCAGAAUCCAAAGCCUUGGAGAAAAAUAUGGGAUUCCAAUAAUCAAUCAAUGCUGCUGCUGCUGCUGCUGCUCCAAAGAGAGAGAGAGAAAUGGCAGAAAAACAAGACUACCAAAAUGAUGUUCAUAGCUAUGUUCUUCAUUUUUUGUCAAAAUUUUCCGGUUUUUUGAGUGAUGCUUACACACACGUAUGGUGUGGUGUAGGCAUGUGCAUGUGUGCUUUUUUGGCGGGAAUUCUCCCUUUUCCUUUAUUUAUUUUUUUUCCUUUUGUCCUAACGAUAUACUGGACUAGAUUUUUCUGGGGUGUAGAUCGCACGUGCGUGUGAUGGAUGUACGCACAUACGUCGAAUUCUUUUUCCUUUUCUUUUUUUUGGUCUAUGUAUUUGUGAAGGAGAUAAAUUAAAUGUCUCUUUCUCUGGCCAAUAAGGAGGUGGCCUAACCAUACAGAGGUCUUUGGGGCCUUUUUUUGUGGAAUUUCUUUGUUAAUUUUUUUUUUUGGUGUUGGUGUUGUAUUUGGAUGCAAUAAUAAAACAUUAUUUAUAGUCCA